AUGCAGGUCCAGCAACCGGUGCUCCUACGGCAUCGGCCGGUCACGCAACGGCAGCAGCCGGUGUUCCGACUGGCGCCGCGAGUUUAUGGGGUUCAGCAGCCGAUGUUCCAGCACCUGCCGCUGGGCCGCCAGGUGGAUCAGCCGGUGUUCAUUCAGCAGUGGCACGGGCUUGCAGGCGCUGUUCAGCCGGUGGCCACAGCAUCCGCCGCACAUUCAUGGCCGAUUGGCCAUGCACAGCAACCUCCCAGCGCGGUUUACCCCGGUUCUGUACAGCCAAACGACUUCGUGCAACUGCCACUUUCGACGCUUCGUCCCCCGCUACAUCAGUCUGUUACUUUCCUCGCCUUUGAUGAGGUGCUCGACGAUACCAACUGCCAACCAGGUCACACAUCCGCGUCUCGUGGUCUGGGUCUAUCGAGCAUGCUCUCCGGUUUUAUGCAGGGGUCCCAACAUGUACUGCCCUCACCUGCAGCCUCCUCAUCUAUGGUGCCCACGACCCAGGGAGGGGAGAUCAGUGAGGUGCCCGGCAAAAAGGGGUGGACGGGCAUCACAAAGAAGCUGGACAAGGACGAGUGGAUCGCCAGGAUCGUCCCAGAUCGUGCAUCACAAUUGCUGAUCGUCAUCAACAGCCACUUUGAAUCGGAGGAAGAGGCGGCAAGGUCAAUAGCCGCAGCGUCGCACGUGAUGUUUGUUGACAAGCCAACGCGCGGGGAGCUCAUUCCCUUGACCGCCGCCGACAAGGCAAAGCUCAGAGAUUGUUCCGCAGACCAGUGUGAGGUGAUGGUCCGGAUGAAGUUUUGGCACAUGUGGGAGGAGUGGAGGAAGUAUUGGCCUGCAGGGAAGGCAAAGUGGGCCGAGAAAGUGCGCAAGGACGAAAAAAAGAGAGCUGCAAUAAACGCCAGCUUGGAUGAGGCUGAGGCUCGGGCCGACAAAAUUGCCCGUAAGGAAGCUGGAGGAAAUGCCGGGGCUGAGACUGCAUCUCACCAGGAGGGGUCGGGAUCUAAGGAUGGUUAG